GCGGCUCCUUGUAAUGGCGACCGUGCCGUAGAUGUGCCUAGGUUUGUGAAAAUGAAGCGAAGAAGAAGUUAUUUCUUUUAAGUAAAACGCCGAGGUUCCCCGGAGGAGGACUUUGCGUCUACGACCAUCAUCUUACUAAGUGGUAAACUUCGCUGUACUUUUGAACUUCUGUGCCCUUUGAAAUGAUGAAGCUCAAGUCGAACCAAACCCGGACGUACGACGGGGAUGGGUACAAGAAGCGGGCCGCCUGUCUGUGCUUCAGGAGCGAUGCGGAGGAGGAGGUGCUCCUGGUGAGCAGUAGUAGACAUCCUGAUAAGUGGAUAGUUCCUGGAGGGGGAAUGGAGCCAGAGGAGGAGCCCAAUGUUGCUGCAGCCCGAGAAGUCUGUGAAGAGGCUGGUGUGAAGGGGACUCUAGGCCGCUUAGUUGGAGUAUUUGAGAACCAAGAGAGGAAACACAGAACAUACGUCUAUGUUCUUAUUGUAACAGAAGUGCUGGAGGACUGGGAGGACUCGGUCAACAUUGGGAGAAAAAGGGAAUGGUUUAAAAUAGACGAUGCCAUACAAGUGUUGCAGUGUCACAAGCCUGUGCAGGCCACCUACUUCGAGGCUCUCCAGGAGAGUUGCCUGACCAGUAACGGAACACCUUUGGUGGCCACGAUAGGUGGGGACCUCUCCCCUACCUACAGCAUCAAUCAGAGCUCCGUCUCGGGUAUCAGAUAACUAAAACCAUAACUCUGAUACCCCCAGGAGCUUUCGCCACCACUUGCGCUCUUACUUGUGUCAUUUCUCUUCUCUUCUUUCUUUUUUGUCUCAAUAACAUGGUUUGCCUUGCCAACUCCUUUGUGCCAGAACUGUGGCACAGACUUGAUGACAAGUGUCGGGUGAAUAGUCUGAAACACUUUGUAAAUGUAAAUGUACUUUUUGACCCCUCUCUUUUUUUCUUUUUACUGACAACUGCAUGAAAACGUCCCCCCUCGCUCCCCCUCAUUCUCUUUCCUUAACGCGCCCUUAGCGUGGUGUUUAUUGAAUGCAAGAACUACUUUUUACCGUUGUAAUGUAAAAGUGUAUACUUAGUGCUUAAGCUGAAGGCUUUUGGUGGUCUUUUUAAUGUUUCCUCCAUUUUUCUUUUUACUUUCCUGUGAACGAAUGUGCCCAUUAGUGUACUCCCUCCCCUGUUAUAAGGAUAGGAAAAUGUUGUCUGUAUCUGAAUGAACAGAGUUGUGGGAAGUGACUUGUCUUGCAUGAGCACUGUUUUGUUGUGUCUCACUCACUCGAGUGACCUGAUGCUGACUGUGCAACAGACUUGUGGUAAGGUCUUUGGGUUCUCUUCAUUUUGGUCCUUAUCGUGGUUAUCGAUGUCUCUUUAAACAAGAAGGAUUCGGCCCCUCACUAGUCAUUCAAUUUCAAGUGUCAAGUGUGUUUCUCUCUCAUUGGGGAAGCUAGCCAAGCACUACAAGCUUCACUCUCGAUUGGAGCAUAAUAUACUGUAAAGAGAGUGAAAGAAUGUCAGCGUACAAUGUAAAACAAACCACCUUUUCUCCUCAGUGUCUUUACCUCCUUUAAUCCCUUUUUUUUUUCCUUUUUCUUUUUUUUUUAAAUGCUUUCUUGUGACUGACUACCAAGUCUUCCUCCACAUACUGAGAGGGUAGAAGUAGUAGAUGUCCAAAUCAUGAACUUGUAAUUUCAAAUUUCAACACAUAUCACUUAAGUUAUUAAAACCCAUUUCCAUAUUUUACUCCUCACAUUCAGUUUGGUUAAAAUGCAAUUGUUUACAUUGUGUUUGUAACAUAGCACAGGUGACUUUAGUGGGCACUUUUCAUUAUGGUCAUGAUUUUUUUUUUUUUUUUUAAAAACCCUUCCUGUAGUAUUUAAUCUGCAUCCCCAAAAACACUCAAAAACACCUGCUUGACAUUGAAAGUAAUGGAAUCUAUAAUGCUGUCUUUGGCAAGAUGCAGAACAAACAAGCCUUGUACAGUUUGAGACCUCGUUUUUAACAUGUAAAAUGCUUUUGGAUACUAGUUUCUUUUCUUUUCCUUUUUUUUUUUUUGGUUUGCUCUCUAACGUCUGGCAAAAGUCUCUUUAGCCGAGCUGCGCCACUUUGGCCUUGAUGUGGCGUGAGGCAGCUGGCUCAAUACUGUGAAACUGGAGGCGCUGUAGAUAGCAUGUUAGAGGUUUUUAUUGUAAAUUGUUUAUUUCUGUAUAGAUCAAAGGUGAGAGUACAAAUGACAAAAUACCCUCUUACACAUCUGUGAGUUGUACAUGUCAUUUCAACUGAGGCUGGAAGAACCGAUUGAACUCACAGUGUUGGCUCUGGAGCUGUUGGGGAAAUUUUCUCUCUCGAUAGCAUUUGAGGCUAAAGAACAAGGAAUGUGCAUUUGGUUUUGGGUGAGAGUGAAGAACUGAUUUAUUACUUAAUAUCCCCAAAAUCCUAAAUUUUUGUUUCGAACUACAACCAAGAUUAGAAGUAAAGUAGACUGAAGUAGCUGCUCCACUAUCACCAGUCAGUGUAUUUUCUCAUGGAGGGCUUCUUUUUAAUGGUCUCUUAUACAUGAUACUGUAGUUUUCUGUCCAUAUAAAGUCCAAAUGAAUUAAUUUUCUUGGACCCUUGUGGGAGAAAAGCAAACUCGGAUACAGAACCUUGUAAAAAUAUUGAUAUGUUCGAUACCAUGAGAAGAAGUGGACGACAUUAUGAGCAAAAAUGGUUAGAUUGUUAUUUAAAGACAAACAUAUUAAGGCUUGUGUACUGUGUGUUAAGAACAGCAUCUAAGUAAUCUACUUCUGGAGGAGGUGAAUCUAUCUCUGGACUACAGCAGUUAGAACUCGCUGUUAGAGAGAUGAGCAAAGAAAAUGCUGGAAAAAUGAACACUAAAAUCGUUUGAGAUAUGGGGAAUUGAAGUGAAUCAAUAUUUCAAUUAUUUCUGUAUCGGUUUAGUCCAAUUUUAAUGAUUCUCUUAGCUCAGAUGUGGUCUAGUCCCCACCAACCUGAGGGAACUAUCAAAAUGCUCCACUUUGUUUACCAGCUAGUUGUUAACUUUGUCUGCAUGCUAAAAGAUGCUCUACAGCUAAGAGAAGCCCUUUGAUUCACCAGUAGUUGUGUUAUAACGGUUAUAUGGAAAUACUGUUACUGAUUAUAACAGUUUUCAAAGUUAAAUUAUAGUUUAGGGAUAGUAAACCUCUGAUCUUGUUCAAACACAGUGCUAACAAUAUGAGUAAAAUUGUUAAAAUGGUUAGGAUGACGCAGUGCUCAAAGUUUCAACAUUUACUUUCAGGUUCUGUAGCAGAUGCAUGUUUAACUUUGAGCAAGGACAGAAAAUUUCAGUAUCCCUCCUGAGAAAUUAGACUGCAAUCUGUAAACUAGCAGAUCAGAAACUAAUGAAGAAAAAGGUGCAGAGAGACGCUACAGUGACAGCAGUUCUGUUUGUCUUUCUUCAUGGUAUGUUCUCUGAUUUAUUGUUUGAGGGUCACGACUGCUAACAAAUCAAGCUGUAGACAAACUCUUUGUGUUAUAAUAUUGGCCUCUUUGUAAUCCCUUGAAUGGAAACAUUUCCUGAAUGACAGUAUAGUGAAUGAAGUCCAAGGUCUUCUUUGUGACAGUUUGAGACUUUAAACAGAUUUUAUUGCUGUGUAUCAGAAAGGUGCGGCGGCCAAAGUUUCACUUUACGAUGCCCUACCUGGCACUUCAUAUGAGAUUUUGUGUCGAUCGGAAACUUUUAGUCUUCAUUGAAAUGUGCAAUUGGAUGUUAAGGGGAUGAACCUGUAUAUGGUUAAAGGAAAAAAAGAAAAAAAAAACUAUCCCAGAAUAAUUGGCGAUGAUUUUCUUAUUCGCUCUUGGCGGUUUGACACAGGUGACAGGUACUGUCAAAAUGAAUGUGAGGAGGAUUUUCCACAAGUAACAGCCAGUGACUUAAUUAUUAAUGACCACUUAUUCUUUAUCCAUUUUUUUCUCUCUGUUUGUUCUUUUAAUCUGUUGUGUUAUUGACAAGCUAAUGUCAUGUAUAUAGCUAACACAGCACCCUUACAGCCAGAGGACGCACUUUGGCUUUGGUCAAUAAGGAUUAGUGUCCCCCCCCCUCUUUUUUUUUUCUUUUGUAUAACAACUCCCUUCUAACUCAAAAUUAAGGCAGUUCUUGUCAAGAGUAAAGUGAGGUCAGGAGGGAAUCUCUGAAGUAAACGUCUCCACAUUUGCACAUUGGAGUUAAUGUGGAGCUACAGUGGAGCAAACACAUCUACCCAUAAAUGCUACUACUAGUACUACACAAUUGGCCCAUUUGUAAAUCGCACUGAAGCGGCAGAACUUGUCGAAAACAGAUGACAAAGUGAAGAUUUCGAGCUUAAAGUCACUUUCUUAAAUUUACCAAAGGUGAUGGUUUAAACAUGUAUAGCCCCAUCUGGUGGCCAAAGCAAAAAAAAGACAUUUAAAGCACAUCACUGUGCAGCAGAGGAUUGUAAAGUUUCCUUUAGUGUGACAGCAUAAUUGUAAAUUGACUUUAAAAGGCUGUUCAAAGAUUUAGCCCCCCCCAAGAUAUUCUGCAAUUGAAUAACAAACCAAACAUAUGUGCACUUGUAGCCGUUGACCUCAGCCUUGAAGUUACAUACUCGUGAUUGUGUUCUCCAAGGUGUAUGUGUCACUGGAAUUUUUCUUUUCCUCUCUUUUGUCAUUUGGGACUGUGGAAUAAAACCAGUGCGAGAAGACUGAAGAUUGUAAUAUAAAUGUGCCAACAAAUAAACACCAGUAUUUCACAUUCA